ACCACCGUCGCCCGCAAACUGACCUCCCUCCUCGCAGGCAGCACCACCGCCGCAGGCAGGCCCUCCGCAUCGACCUCCAGAUACUCCUCCGCGCGCAGCGAGCUCGACUUCCACCCCCAGCUCUGGCUCACCGAGAACACAUCCGGCGCGCUCGUGAAGCGCGUCAGACUCGCCCCAGUCGCGCUCGCACACGCGAUCGUGAAGUACGCGCUGACCGCCGGGCGCGGGUCGCGGUACGGCUGCGGGGGCGUCACGGCGGGGGCCAUCGCGGGCAGCGUCACGGGGAGCGCGAGCGAGCCGAUGCUGUUUGAGCUGCCGUGCAGGUUUGUGGAGGAGCGCGCGAACCCGGGAGAGCUUGGGAGGGACGAGGAUAGCGCCGACCGGGCGGGCGAGUUCGGGGUGGUUGGGGUGGUGCUUGUGCGCGCGAGAGGCGACCCCGGCACCGCGGACUGUGGCGAGAAGAUCGCGCUCCCGCUCCCGCUCGCGACAAGUGAUGGGGUGCUGGGUAGACACGUGUACGGUAGACGCUGA